GACAUUUUUUUUUUUUUUCAGUGCUGGACUUCAUCCAAACAAAUUUACCAUUUGAUCACAAACCAAACCCUCCGCACUGACAAGCAGAUGCCCGUCUAGACUUGACCGCCAAGCGACCGUUGAGCCGCGGUGGCCACGGUCAACCUCCACUAGGUACCUACCUACCUAACCUUGAUCUUGUCAAACGGGCAAGGGUCCAGAGGGAAACGAAAUCCGCAAGAACUCAUAUCACAAUUUCACGACCUCCGUUUUUUCCUUCCUUUCCGGCCGAUCCAGGACUUGACUUGGUUUCAUGCUUCCAACAUUUAAUAUUGGCGACGGAGCUGCCGCAGCAACAUCAUCUCAACCUUCCCAAGGCCAAUCCAAACGCCGGCACCGAGUUGACUCGAAUCCCCUGGCGUACUGGGCCGGCCCGCCGGCCGACCACGACCCCGACCCCAAGCGAAUCCGACCAGAGCAGCCCGGCACCACCACCACCACCACUACCAUGAGCGCAAAGGCCUUUGGCAAACGCCCGGCCACGGACGGCAACAUGGCCGGCUUUGGAGGACACGCAGGCUUCGCUCGGCCACAGGCCGCGCCGGCGCUCAAGACGUACCUGGGCGCCAGGAAGCUUGUCGUCAAGAACCUCAAGCCGCAGCAGACGCCAGCGGUUGACGACUACUAUGCGAGGGCGUACAAUGACCUGGAGUCUGCCCUGCAAGACAUCUUUCAGGGGCGGCAGCCGCGGCAACCUCUGGAUCGGCUGUACAGGCAUGUCGAGAGCAUAUGUCGCCGAGAUGAAAGUGCCAAACUGUUUAAGAUACUGCAGAGUCGCUGUGACGGUUAUGUGAGAGACGAGGUCCUUCCCAAGGUCAGGGCGAAGGACAACGGUUCCGAGAUCGACAUGGUCCGGAUAGUGCACCAAUACUGGAAGGACUGGAGUCGCAAAGCUGUUGUCAUACGGUCUCUGUUUAGCUACUUGGACCGCACAUACAUUGUUAAACAGGGCAAGGAUCAUGACCUCAACGACGUGACUAUAACUUCUUUCCGACGCGUCAUUUUUGGCUCGCGACACUCGGACGGACAGCUCGCCGAUCGCAAAGAUGACCUGCCAGGCCGGAAGGUCAUCAAAGGCAUGUUGCAGCUGGUUUCGCUGGAUCGAGCAGGCGAUAAGACGUUUGAUGGACCACUCCUGAAGGAUGCCGUCAAAAUGCUCCACGUUUUCAAUGUGUAUGGGAAGGACUUUGAAGAGCCGCUGCUCUCCGAGUCGGCCAGAUACUUUGAGACGUUUGCCCUGGAAAAGAGCGAGAAUUACGACCUGAAGGAUUACGUUGCUUCAGUACGUGUACUGAUAAACCGUGAAGACACGCGGUGCAAUGUCUACAAUUUUGACAGCACCACCAAGAGGGAGCUCAUGAGCGACAUGCAGAGGAUAGCCAUUAAGGACCAUACCGACAAACUACUGGGCGUCACCGAAGUUGGUCGCUUGAUCGGUGAGGCAGACAUCGAGUCCCUAAAAGGACUUUAUGAGCUUCUCCGCAUGACAGGACAGCACAUGGACCUUCGCGGUCCCUGGGAGGAAUAUGCAAUUUCUUCCGGUUCCAAGAUUAUCAGUGACACCGAACGGGGCGACGAGAUGGUGGUUCUACUCCUGGAGCUGCAACGCAAGCUUUUGAACAUCAUACGUGAUGCGUUUGGAGGCAACGAUGAUUUCAGGAAAACCAUGCGAGAUGCCUUCUGUCGUUUCAUGAACGACAAAGCAGCGAAGAACACGGGCACCGACGUCGGUGAACGGGUUGCCAAGUACAUCGACAUGCUGCUGCGUGGAGGUCUAAAAGCACUGCCGCCAUCAUUAAUGGGUGAUUAUAAAGAUCGGACGGAGACAGAGCGAGCUGAUCUUACCAGCGCAGGCGAUGAAGACGCUGAGCUCAACAGGCAACUUGAUAACGGCCUCGAACUUUUCAGGUUCAUUCAGGGCAAAGAUGUCUUCGAGGCCUUUUACAAGCGCGAUCUUGCUAGGAGAUUGCUCAUGGCACGCAGUGCCAGCCAAGACGCGGAGCGGACAAUGCUUGCAAAAUUGAAGGUUGAGUGCGGGUCACAGUUUACGCACAACCUUGAGCAGAUGUUCAAGGAUCAAGAAGUUGGCAAGGAGGAGCUCGCUGCAUACAAAGAAUGGCGGAGGUCGUCUGAUAGGGCAAAAAAGCUCAGCAAAAUUGACCUCAACGUCAAUGUAUUGUCAGCCUCUGCCUGGCCGUCCUACCCGGACGAUCCUGCCGUCGCCCUGCCUGCCGGUGUUCUCGAGAAUCUUCAACACUUUGAACAGUACUACAAGAACAAGCAUGAGGGACGAAAGUUAACCUGGAAGCACAGCCUGAGCCAGUGCGUCAUCAAAGCGACAUUCCCACGAGGUACGAAGGAGCUUGUCAUGAGCGCGCAUCAAGCAUCGGUUCUGGUCAUAUUCAACAGCGUCGAGAUAGACGAGCCGUUGUCCUAUGAAGAGAUCGAGAAAGCCUCGGGUCUGUCUGGCGAUCUGCUCCAGCGAACAUUGCAGUCUCUCGCCUGCGGUAAGGCCCGAGUCUUGUCAAAGGCACCCAAGGGACGAGAGGUGGGCAAGAACGACACGUUUACAGUCAACAAGGGUUUCACAGAUCCCAAGAUUCGCAUCAAGAUCAACCAGAUUCAGCUCAAGGAGACCAAGGCCGAGAACAAGGAGACGCACGAGCGGGUGGCGGCAGACCGGCAGUUUGAGACGCAGGCGGCAAUAGUGCGCAUAAUGAAGAGCCGCAAAACGCUACCGCACGCCCAGCUGGUUGCCGAGGUUAUUGAGCAGACGCGGCGUAGGGGUGCAUUGGAGCCAGCGGAAAUCAAGGCAAAUAUUGAAAAACUCAUCGAUAAGGAAUACAUCGAGCGCGAAGGCGGUAACUACGUAUACAUGGCCUGAGGGUGCAGUAGGUGUUGCUGGGUAAAUGUCCCUUCUCUGAUCAACGGUUUAGAGCUAUUUAUGUCUAGAGGUCUUGUUUAAUCCUCGUCAUAAUACAUAGGUCGCCCCAUCAAAGAUUUGAUAACGCGUCUAUCGUACUUCUCUUCCCGUUUAAGCUCGUCCUCAUGGUCUUUUUG